GGCCGGGCGGGCGCGCGGGAGCGGCCCGGUGCAGCCCAGCGGCGCGGCCCGGCCCGGCCCGGCCCGCAGAUGCCGUGAGCCAUGGCGGACGAGAAGCCCCCGCAGCUGGUGGACUACUUCGUGGUGGCCGGACUGACGGACACCUCGCGGCCGCUGGAGGAGGAGGGCCAGCAGCAGCGGGCGGCGCGGCCCAGCGAGCACAUCACCGACGUGGCGGUCAUCAUCCGCUCGCAGGGCGAGGAGGUGCCCCACGGCUUCACCUGCAUCGAGACCACCACUUCGGGCCACCCCGUGGACCUCAACGCCGGGCUGCUCAACAACCCCCAGAUGUUCAUCUGCUACAAGCGCAGCCGGGACAAGCCCCCUCUCAUCGAGCUGGGGGUGCACUAUGAGGGCAAGGACCGCCCGAAGCCGGGCUACAAGAUCCUGGACACGACGCCCUACAGCCGCUCGGCCAACCUGAACUCGGGGGGCCCUGGGCACCAGCGAACCUUCCUGACCUACCGGCGGGCGGCCGAGCCCCACGGCCACAGCACGCUGGGGGUCACUGACAUCUGCCUCAUCAUGCCCAGCAAGGGCGAGAGCACCCCACACACCUUCUGCCGGGUGGACAAGAACCUCAACACCAGCAUGUGGGGUCCUGCCCUGUACCUGUGCUACAAGAUCGCCAUGGCCAAGGCCAACACCCUGGUCUAUGAAGCAGGGCUGCUGGGGCGUUACCCCGAGCAGGACAGUGAGGCCUUCCCCCUGCCCGAGUCGGUGCCUGUCUUCUGCCUGCCCAUGGGGGCCACCAUCGAGAGCUGGCCAGAUGACACCAAGUACCCGCUGCCUGUCUUCUCCACCUUCGUGCUGACCGGGGCCUCGGGAGACAAGGUGUACGGAGCGGCCAUCCAGUUCCACGAGGCCUUCCCGCGGGAGCGGCUGUCGGAGAAGCAGAGCCUGCGGCUGGGGCUGCUGAGCGUGGUGGACAGGCGGCCGGUGCCGGGGCGCUCGCUGCAGGCGCGCAAGAGCAUCUGCGUCCUGUCCCACUGGCCCUUCUUCGACGUCUUCCGCAAGUUCCUGAUGUUCAUCUACCGCUACUCCAUCUCGGGCCCCCACGUGCUGCCCCUCGAGACGCACAUCUCCCACUUCAUGCACAACGUCCCCUUCCCGUCCCCGCAGCGCCCUCGCAUCCUGGUCCAGAUGUCCCCCUAUGACAGCCUGCUGCUGUGCCGCCCGGUGUCCUCCCCGCUGCCGCUCAGCGGUGCCAGCUUCCUGACGCUGCUGCAGAACCUGGGCCCUGACAACGCAGUGGCACUGCUGGUGGCUGUGCUGACCGAGCAGAAGCUGCUCAUCCACUCCCUGCGCCCGGACGUCCUGACCAGCGUGGGCGAAGCCCUGGUGGCGAUGAUCUUCCCCCUGCGCUGGCAGUGCCCCUACAUCCCGCUGUGCCCGCUGGCGCUGGCUGACGUGCUGUGUGCCCCCGUGCCCUUCAUUGUAGGCAUCCACUCCAGCUACUUCGACCUCUACGAGCCCCCCAGGGACGUCAUCUUCAUCGACCUGGACACCAACACCAUCUGUCACCACCAGAGCGAGGAGCGCAAGCUGCUGUCCCCCCGUUCCCUGCCGCGCCGGCCCUGCAAGGUGCUGCUGGCCACACUGCACAGCCUCUCCCAGCAGCUGGACGAGAUGUACAGCGGUCCUGGGGACGAGGCAUCGCUGGAGCUGCUGCUGAGUGACGCAGAGGCAGCUCGGGGCCGCAGGGCGCAGCUGGAGCUGGAGGCUCGCGCAGCCUUCCUGCGCUUCAUGGCCUGCGCCCUGCGUGGCUACCGCAGCUUCCUGCGCCCCAUCGCGCCCGCCGCCGCCGCCCGUGACACCGGCAGCCUCUUCUCCCUGCAAGGGUUCCUCAAGUCCCGGGAGCGGGCGUACCACCGCUUCUACGGGCAGCUGCUGCGCACGCAGCUCUUCACGCAGUUCAUCGAGGACUGCUCCUUCGCCAGUGACCGUGACCCCUGCCUCGAGUUCUUCGACACCUGUGUGGACAAGGUCAGUGCCCCCAGCCCCACCGCCUGCACCUGUCCCCCACGACCCCAAGUGACGCUCCCGGCCCCACCCCAGGUGCAGGUGGAGCUGGAGAAGCCGGAGGACACCCCACUGAUGGAGCUGGAUGACCCCCGGGGGGGUGAGCACACUGUCUUCAUCACCCCCCCGGAGCAGCCUGCGGCCCCUGAUGGCUCCGAGCUGCCUGCGCGGUACCGCUAUGACAGCUUCCCCACCCUGCGGCCGGAGCUCCUGGAGCCCCCCCGGGACCCACUGGUGGCUCAGUUGUGCCAGGCCAGGAGCAGUGCUCCCAGCAGCCCAGCCCCACGCAGGACCAAGCAGGAGAUGAAGGUGGCCCAGCGGGUGGCCCAGAAGUACUCCUCCGUGCCUGACAUGUGGGCCAAGUGCCUGCUGGGCCACUGCUAUGGGCUCUGGUUCCUCUACCUGCCCACCCACGUCCGUGCCGCCCCUGCCAAGCUGCGGGCACUGCAGCUGGCCUACGACGUCCUGCGCAAGAUGGAAGCUCACAAAGUGGUGCUGCCAGACGAGGUGUGCUACCGCAUCCUGAUGCAGCUGUGCGGGCAGUACGGGGAGCCGGUGCUGUCGGUGCGAGUGCUGCUGGAGAUGAAGCGCGCUGGCAUCGUGCCCAACACCAUCACCUACGGCUACUACAACAAGGCAGUGCUGGAGAGCAAGUGGCCGGCAGGCACCCAGGGCGGCCGCCUGCGCUGGGCCAAGCUCCGCAACGUGGUGCUGGGAGCUGCCCAGUUCCGGCAGCCCCUGCGGCAGCGCCAGCGCCGGGCGGCCGCCACGGCCCCCUCUGGUGACCGAGCGUCCCCCACGCCCCGGCCCAGCCUGCAGCGCCAAACCACCUGGGCAGGACGCAGCCUGCGGGACCCCGCUCCAGCCCCCCGCCUGGUGAAGAGCGGCAGCCUCAGCUUCCCCGGCAGCACCCAGGGUGAGGGGGGCCAGGGGGGGCCAGGGGAACCCCUGAUUGUGCGGCCCCCCCUUCUUCCUGCAGCCCUGGACCCCCUGCCCACCCGGCUGCGGGGCACCCCCGGCUCGGCCGAAGGGAGCCUGUCCGACGUCAGCUUCGCUACGGACGAGAGCGACCGGGCGGAGGAGAGCCCCGCGGGCGGCGGGGGGGCGGCGGGGGGCACGCCGCGGCGGGGGCUGGCGGCCAAGCUGCAGCAGCUGCUGUCCCCUGGCAAGCGGCCCCCGCUGCGCCCGGCGUCCAGCACCGAGCUCCCCACCGGCGGCCGCGACUCCGCCGCCCGCCCACGCCGGGGCUCCGAGCAGCAGGACCGGGACCCGCCCCCUCGCCGCAGCCCUGCCGAGACCUUGCUGCGCCCGCGGGAGCGUCCCGAAUCCACUGCUUCCGAGAGCUCAGUCUCGCUGGGCAGUGAGCUGGACCUGUCAGACACCUCUGUGGGCAGCGUCGGCGGUCCCAAGGCUGAGCUGCAGCCCGAAGGGGCGUCUGGGCAGGAGCAGCCUACCGUGGAGGUGCUGCUGUCCAGCUGCUCGCGCUGCCAGGGCUGCGGCGCUCUGGUGUACGACGAGGAGGUCAUGGCAGGGUGGACCUCCGACGACUCCAACCUUAACACCACCUGCCCCUUCUGCGCCCGCUCCUUCGUCCCCUUCCUCAGCAUCGAGAUCCAGGACUUCCAGCUGCCCCCCAGCACGGCUGAGGACGGCUCCCCUGCUCCUGCCGCCGCGCAGGGCCCGGUGCUGAGCGACCGCCGCCGCUGCCUGGCGCUGGACGAGGGCGAGCCGGAGCUGUGCAAUGGCUACCCGGAGACGGCGGCGCCGCGGCGCUCGGAGCGAGUGGCCUUCGCCUACCUGAGCCCCUUGGUGCUGCGCAAGGAACUGGAGAGCCUGGUGGAGAACGAGGGCGGAGAGCUGCUGGCGCAGCCGGAGCUGGUGGACAGCCACCCAAUCAUCUACUGGAACCUGGUCUGGUACUUCCAGCGCCUGGAGCUGCCCAGCAACCUGCCCCGCCUGCUCCUGGGCUCCCAGCACGUCACCCUGGCUCCGCAGGGGCAGCUCCUCGACGCCCCCAGCGUCCGUGUCCGGCUGCUCUGGGAUGUCCUGACCCCCGAGCCCGACAGCUGCCCCCCGCUUUAUGUCCUCUGGAGGCUUCACAGCAACGUCCCCACACGGCUGCAGUCCUGGCGGCCCCACGGCCACCCCUUCUCGCUGGCCUUCCUGGAAGCCCUGCUGAGCCACGUGGGGCUGAACGAGGUGCACAAAGCCAUUGCCCUCUUCCUCGAGACCCUGGCAGCCCCAGGCGGCCCCCGGCACCUGCAGAGGAGCAUCUACCGGGAGCUCCUCUUCCUCACGCUGGCGGCGCUGGGCAGGGACCACACAGACAUCGCCGCCUUCGACAAGAAGUACAAAGCUGCCUACGCCAAGCUGGCCUCGAGCCUGGGCAAGGAGGAGCUGCGGCGGCGGCGAGCGCAGCCCCCCAGCUCCAAAGCCAUCGACUGCCGCAAGAGCUUCGGGGCCACCCUCGAGUGCUAGAGCUGCA